AUGUCACUGCUGCUUCUUCAGUCUUUUGCCCUUCGUUCUUUGUAUAUCGUCGCCAGCAAUCCCCUGGCAGACGUACCCCUGGCGGACGUGCCCUUGCUGGACGUGCCCCUGGCGUACGUGCCCCUGGCGGACGUGCCCCUGCUGGACGUGCCCCUGGCGGACGUGCCCCUGGCGGAAGUGCCCCUGGUGGACGUGCCCCUGGUGGACGUGCCCCUGGUCUUCUUGAAGAAUCGACUCUACUAUUCGCGCUUUAAGGCG